AUGUCUCGAACUCAAGCACGCACUUUCACCAGGGCAGCAAGAUGUUAUGCUGUUGAUGCCUCCGUAAGUCUCUCUGGUUUCACUUUGAAGAUGUGUGGUGAUAGUCAUCCCAGCACUCGCUUUCGUCUAGGACAGUGUGAUUUUGAUGCAUCCUCUAUACCUCUUUCAAAUGAUACUGUUGCCCGUCGAAUUGCUGAUAUAGCUGAAGAUGUAGAGUGUCAGCUUUUGUCUAAGUUACGUGACAACUUGUUUUCAAUACAACUCGAUGAGGCAACAGAUAGUAAUAAAGAUGCUCAUUUCAUUGCCUAUGUUAGAUUUUGUGAUGAUUCGUUAGUAGAAGAAGAAUUACGUUUCUGCAAACCAAUAGAACUCAAAGCAACAGCUUUCGCAUUAUUUGCUAUCUUAAAUGAUUUUAUGAACGAGGUAAACAUAGAAUGGAAAAAUUGCGUCGGAAUAUGCACCGAUGGUGCUCGUUCUAUGUUCGGAAGAUUCCAAAGUAUUCAAGCACUUGUGAAACAAAAAUCGCCACAGUGCGUCUGGACACAUUGCAUGAUCCACAGAGAAGCUUUGGCUUCCAAAGAAAUGAGUCCUGGUUUGUGUUAA